AUGGUCACCGUCGCAAUCGCCGGAGGCAACUCUACCAUCGCCUCAAACAUCAUCAACGCCAUCCUAGCAUCCAAGAAGCAUCAACUCGUCGUUCUUUCUCGCUCCCCACAGCCUGACCUUGAGGAAAAAGGCGCAAUCGUCAGAGUCGUAGACUAUGAAUCCCACGAGCAGCUCGCAAAAGCCCUAGAGGGCGUUCACACUGUCCUGAGCUGCAUCUGGUCUUAUGGUCCGACCAUUGCCACUUCGCAGCUUGCCCUGCUAGAAGCAGCCAAGGAAGCCAAAGUGAAGCGGUUUGCCCCAUCAGAGUGGGCAGUCCCCGCAUACGACAAAGUCUCCUACUACAAAGUCAAAGAGAGCGUCUGGGAAGCAGUCAAGAAGUCCGGGCUGGAGUACACGCGCUUCAUCAACGGUCUUUGGCUGAAUAUCUGGGCUGCAGAUGCUCCGCGAGAAGAGGCCAUUGGACGCUCAGGCUACUUAGGACCGCCAAUUAUCAUUGAUAUCAAGGCGGGUAACGCCUCGAUUCCUGGAGAUGGUUCCCGCCAGGUGGCCUUUACAGACAUGAGAGACAUUGGCAAGUACGUCACCGCGGCUCUCGACUUUGAGAAAUGGGACGAGGACAGCUCCAUUGUGGGGGAAAAGCUUUCGGUAAAUGAAUUCGUGGACAAGGUUGAGCGGAUCACCGGCAAGUCUCUGAACAAGACUUACUUGACUCUGGAGCAGCUCAAUGGCUUGAUUGCGGAGAAUAAAGAACCCACGAUGACGAUGAUUUAUGAGUUCUUGAGGCUUAUUGAAGAGGGAGAUCUUGACCUUACAGCAACCAUUAACCAGAAAGCUCCAGAGGUGAAGCCGAUUACGCUUGAUGCGUUUUUGACUAGACACUGGGGUACUGCGUAG